CAGAGCUUAAGUCCUCUGUUUUGUCCGCCAAAUAAGACGUAAUUCUCAGCUUUUAAGUUGUGCUUUUUUUUUUUUUCUUUCUAGUCAACACAAGUUAGCAUGCCACAGUUUCAGGAAUGCUGGUAGAUGAAACUCUUGAGUCAAAGGACAGUUUAUUAUUAACAGCAAUGGCAAUAGUCAGAUUAUAGUCAUUUGGGCCAGUUUCCUGAGCCUUAAUUCCCAAAAGCCUACAUGAUGUGGGCCACAGGAGGAAGCUUAGGGAACCCAAAUCUUUUAUAAUGAAGAGUAAGAUGGCUAGAUCUUUGCCUGGAGGGAGACAUUAUCUCUGCCUUCCGAGGCUGUUCAUCAUAGAAACGUCCUUGAAAAGAUAGUCCAAAAAAGGCAGUGUCUCUGGGUGGCAUACAGAAACACGAGACCUGUGGAGACUUGUCUUCCAACGGAAACCGGAAAUGAAAGUGUUCCAGGGGAAAGGAAUCCCACAUCUGAACGUUGUAAAGUGAUCAACGUGACACAGGUUGGAGAGACUCAGGCCUGCUGUACCUGGCAGGAAUUUAGCCUGGAUUCCAGUUCCCAUAGCUAACUUUGCAGACGUCCUUGAUCUCUGUUUCACUCACGAGGAAAUAGAUUUUGGAAAGAUGGUGACUUGCCUGCCUAUUCAACCACGGAACAAGAAUCGGAGCUUCUCAGAGGUCUUCCACUGCCCCCUUCUCUCAUUUGUUCCCGCCUUACCCCACGGGGCAGGCACAAGACUGCCCAAAAUAAGUAAGCAACUAAUGCGAGCGGGCACAGAUCUUUGAAAGGGCACUGCAAACUCUUUUAAGCGGUGAAAAACCUAACGACGCCGUUAAGAUCAGACUUCACUUCAGAACCACGAAGUAAGGAGCUCUGGCUUCUCCCACCUCACGGGCCUGAAAUUUCCGGGAACCGCUUAAGGAAGGGGCUCCUAGACUUCAUUUCCCAUUUGAAAUCGGAAGUAGGUUGCAGCGACACGGAGGCCCUAGAACACUGCUUGAGAGCUUCUUCCCGGCUAACCUGGCUCGCCUAGGACUGACCGGGACUGCGGAGCAUACCGGGCCCACCCCGCUCUUCCGGGGUUUCCCGAGCCGACCGGAACUGGGGCGGAGCCUCCCGAGCGCGCCCAGCGCGAUUGGUCGGCAUCGCAGUCGCUCAGUGCUCCGAGUGGAAGAGGCUGACCGCCGGCCUCCGCAGGGUCGCGGGAGCCGCGCGGCGGAUGGGAGGGGCCGGAGCGAAAGUUGCGGGCGCGGGAUCCGGGAUCCGGGGCAAUGGAGCCGGGCCCCGCCUUGUCACCCGGGCCUUCCCGCUCCUUCAAGGAGGAGCUGCUCUGCGCCGUCUGCUACGACCCCUUCCGUGACGCCGUGACUCUGCGCUGCGGCCACAACUUCUGCCGCGGGUGCGUGACCCGCUGCUGGGAGGUGCAGGUGGCACCCACCUGCCCGGUAUGCAAGGACCGCGCGGCCCCCGCCGACCUGCGCACCAACCACACCCUCAAUAACCUCGUGGAGAAGCUGCUGCGCGAGGAGGCCGAGGGCGCGCGCUGGACCGGCCACCGCUCUCCGCGCCUCUGCCGCCUGCACCGCGGCCAGUUCAACCUCUUCUGUCUCGACGACAAAGAGCUGCUGUGCUGCUCGUGCCAGGCCGACCCCCGGCACCAGGGGCACCGCGUGCAGCCGGUGAAGGACACUGCCCACGACUUUCGGGCCAAGUGCAGGAACAUGGAACACGCGCUGCGGGAGAAAGCCAAGGCCUUCUGGGCCAUGCGGCGCUCCUACGAGGCCAUCGCCAAGCACAAUCAGGUGGAGGCUGCCUGGCUGGAAGGGCGAAUCCGGCAGGAGUUUGACAAGCUUCGAGAGUUCUUGAGAGUGGAGGAGCAGGCCAUCCUGGAUGCCAUGGCCGAGGAGGCCAGGCAGAAGCAGCUUCUGGCCGAGGAGAAGAUGAAGCGGCUGGCGGAAGACACGGAGGCCCUGGCCCAUGAGAUUGAGCGGCUGCAGAUGGAGAUGAAGGAGGAUGACGUCUCCUUUCUCAUGAAACACAAGAGCCGAAAACGCCGCCUCUUCUGCACGAUGGAGCCGGAGCCUGUCCAGCCUGGUAUGCUCAUCGACGUUUGCAAGUACCUGGACUCCCUGCAGUACCGAGUCUGGAGGAAGAUGCUCGUGUGUGUCGAAUCUGUGCCUUUCAGCUUUGAUCCCAACACUGCGGCUGGCUGGCUCUCUGUGUCAGAUGACCUCACCAGUGUCACCAACCACGGCUACCGGGUCCAGGUAGAGAAUCCGGAGCGCUUCUCGUCGGCGCCCUGCCUGCUGGGCUCCUGCGUCUUGUCGCAGGGCUCGCAUGCCUGGGAGGUGGACCUGGGUGCACUGCCGAGCUGGCGCGUGGGCGUGGUGCGGACGCGUCAGGACGCGGGUGCCGAGGGCCACUCGCACAGCUGCUACCACGACACGCGCUCGGGCUUCUGGUACGUGUGCCGCACGCAGGGCGUGGACGGCGACCACUGCGUGACCUCGGACCCCGCCACAUCGCCCCUGGUCCCGGCCAUCCCGCGCCGCCUGCGCGUGGAGUUGGAGUGCGAGGAGGGUGAGCUGUCCUUCUACGACGCGGAGCGCCACUGCCACCUGUACACCUUCCACGCCCGCUUCGGGGAGGUGCGGCCCUACUUCUACCUGGGCGGCUCGCGGGGGGACGGGCCCCCCGAGCCGCUGCGCAUCUGCCCCCUGCGCAUCACCGUCAAGGAGGAGCUGGAUGGCUGAAGCCCGCCCUGCCGGAUGCCGCCGGGUCUCGCGCCCCGGUCCCGUUUUCUUUCUGUCUCUUCCCAAAGGCACACUCGCCUUGGUGUACCUCUCUGCCUCCCGCCUUCUUGCCAGGAUCUUCCUACUGGCCAUCCUUGUCCUUUAAUGUGGCUCCAGGCCAUGUGCCUCCUCCCUCAUUUUUGGUCCCUUCUCUACGUACCUUUGAAAGUCAUCCAGGAGACACCUCCCUGAUUAGGCUUUUUCCAAAGUUGUGGCAUCCUCUGGAUGUGAAUUUUCUGAUUCACAUUCUAAGAUUGCAGGGGAUAAUGUUUGCUUCUAGAAUGGGUCUGUUUAAAAAUGUAAGUUUCAUCAUUUUCCAAGAGUGGUGAGGCCAGCAGACUGGAAGAGGAGUGCUGUUGACAGGAGUUUGUUACUCACACAGUCCCCAGGAG